AUGGAUAAUGAAACUUUGGCUGAUAUUCUUCUUCAAGCCAUCAAUGAAAGCACCACAGGAUUCGAUGCGUUUCUAUUCGUUGUUUCAUACGGUGUCAGAUUUACUAAGGAGGACACAAAAGUUAUAGAAAACUUUAAGGAAACUUUUGGAGAGGAUGUUAUUAAAAAAAUGUCUAUUAUUGUUGUAACAAGGGGAGACGAAUACAGUCCAGAAGAAACUGAAACAAAAAAAUUUCAAGACUGGUGUGACAAACAAAAAGGUGGAUUCAAAGAUCUGAUUGAUGAAAGUGGUGGGAGAGUUCUUUUAAUCAACAAUAAACUGAUGGAUAUAGAUCAGAAUGAGCAAAUAGAGAAACUAAUUGAAAUGGUAAAACAAAUUACGGGACAUUUGAGCCAAAAUGACUUUGAAAAAGCUAAAGAUAGACUUGAAAUCAGAAGACAAUUAUAG